CACACACGUCCACAAACACAGACUCACGCAUGCACACAACCCUCUGCUCACUCCUGACGUGUCCCCUAAGUGUCUGAAUAACAGAUAAUAGAGCCGACGACCUACGAGGGGGGCUUACAAAAACACGGCGCGACGAGUGAGAACGUCACACGUGUGGAGGAGAGGAGGAAAGAAAAGAGGAGCCACGCACAACCCGACCGUGCCAAGCGAGGGGACCUCACAACUUUUACGCACACAGGCUGAGUUUUGCGCACAACUUUAAAGAGCGUCGUUUCAGCGAAGAGACAUCGAGAGAGAACUAUGUUUGGAUGCGAGCACCUCUGAGGAUCCUACCUGUCAGUUGCAGGCCUUUUUGGUUGAUAAAGCGCAGUUACUCUAAUUUGAUGGCUCAGAUUUUUGGAAUCAACCAGCUGGAUGGAGACUGACUGUCAAGUAAGCAAGCGCGUAAAAUAAAACUAAAAAGUGGUUGAUUUAAAGCAGAAGCUUUAGGAGAUCAGUAUCAGCUAUGCCCCGUCCAGGGAAAAACUCCUACAGCGACCAGAAGCCUCCGUACUCCUACAUUUCACUGACAGCGAUGGCCAUCCAAAACUCCCCGGACAAGAUGCUGCCUCUGAGUGACAUUUACAAGUUCAUCAUGGAUCGCUUUCCAUACUACCGAGAGAACACCCAGAGGUGGCAGAACUCCCUCCGACACAAUCUCUCCUUCAAUGACUGCUUCAUCAAAAUCCCCCGGAGGCCCGACCAGCCUGGGAAGGGCAGCUUCUGGGCUUUGCAUCCGGACUGCGGGGACAUGUUUGAAAACGGCAGCUUCUUGAGGAGGAGGAAGCGUUUCAAGGUGCUGCGCGCAGAGCACAUGGCCUGCAAGACGUCCCCGAUGAUGCACUACUUCCACCAUCACCACCACCACCCGGGCAGCAAGCUGGGAGCCGCACCGGCUCACCCCGAACACCCGGUUGCCCCGGCAGGCGUGGGUCGGCUCCCUCACUUCCAGAGCUACGGGGGGAUCACCUGCACGCAGCCCGGUGGGUUUAAGCAUCCUUUCGCCAUCGAGAACAUCAUAGGAAGGGACUACAAAGGCGUGGUGGCCGGCGGGCUUCCUCUCACCUCGGUCAUGCAUCACCUAGGUUACCCGGUGCCCCCUCAGCUCAGCAGCGUAGUCAACUCCAUGUGGCCGCACGUCGGCGUGCUGUCGGAGACCAUGAGCGGCGUGCCCGUGCCCGCACCAUCAUCUGAGUACGCGCCCUUCAGCGUGUCCGCCAAGGGCCUGUACCACAGCGCCAGCGGGCCAACCCUGCCCGCGAUCCCGGUGCCCAUAAAGCCGACCCCGUCUCUGGGUCCGAUGCCCGGUCUAACGGGGAUGCAGACCGGCCCGACCCAGCUCUGCUCUGCAGGGUCGGUGAUGGAAAAGAGCGAUCUGCUGGAGGGAAAGGGAGCCCCGCUGCACCCGGCUCUGCUGCUGUCCUAACCGGGUAAAAAGUGUGUUCAUUUCAGCUCUUUUUCCUCUCUUAAAGGAAUCCGUGAUAAAUAAAUCAGAACAGGCCUAUCUGAGACGCAAACUUGUCAUCAACUGUUGUAAAAUACGUACUUGUACUCUGUAACUAAUUUCUCAUUUAGACCUUUGUGUUUAAAAAUCUUAAUUAAUUUGCACACUUUGCAAGGGCAUUUACCACCAAAGUGGCGAAUAUAAUCAGACAAGCAGAUUCCAAAGAAAGCUUUCACUCAAAAGACUUUCCUAAAUGCAAAAUAAGAAAUUAUAUUUUUUUUGCUGUCAUUCUUUACAGUAAAUCGUUGCGAGUCUGUUCGCUAAAGUAAAAGUAGGCCUUUUGCUUUCUUUAAAAAAAUAAUAAUAAUUAGGCCUGUUGCACUUUUUUGUCUGUUCUUUAGCAGUUUAUUAAACAUGUUAUGACUGCAUUAUAAUCCUAUUUACCUGAAGAUAUUUAUAAAGAAUUUGAAACUCAA